GACGAGCUUCUUCCCGGCUCAAUAAUAUUCUGUUAGCGGCUCUUGUCUUAGCUGCUGCUUCAUAGAGUCCUGCAUCCAGUGCCAGCGCUCUGUGUGUAUAUGUGUGAGUGUAUAUGUGUGUGUGUGUGUGCUGCUUCGCUAGUCUUCCCUAGUUACACAGUUUGCUGCCCGUGCCUUGGAUCUAUUCCUUUUUUUUAUUUUCUUUUAUUUUGUAGCUAGUUUUUGUAUUACUGUCAUUGCUCUCUAUUUGUCUAAGUGUGUUGAGAAGGCUAUGGAGGCAGAUGGGAGCCAGGCCACCUCUGGGAGUCCGAACGAUUCUCAGCACGACCCCGGUAAAAUGUUCAUCGGCGGCCUGAGCUGGCAGACCUCCCCAGAUAGCCUCAGAGACUAUUUUAACAAAUUUGGAGAGAUCAGAGAAUGCAUGGUGAUGAGGGACCCCACCACAAAGCGAUCCAGAGGCUUCGGUUUCGUUACGUUUGCAGAUCCUGCAAGUGUAGAUAAAGUAUUAGCUCAACCCCAUCAUGAAUUAGAUUCCAAGACGAUUGACCCAAAAGUUGCAUUUCCCAGAAGAGCACAGCCCAAGAUGGUCACAAGAACAAAGAAAAUUUUUGUAGGUGGAUUAUCAGCGAACACGGUAGUAGAAGAUGUAAAGCAAUAUUUUGAACAGUAUGGAAAGGUAGAAGAUGCCAUGUUGAUGUUUGACAAAACAACAAACAGACAUAGAGGUUUUGGCUUUGUAACCUUUGAAAUAGAAGAUGUUGUGGAGAAAGUAUGUGAAAUUCAUUUCCAUGAAAUAAACAACAAAAUGGUUGAAUGUAAGAAAGCACAGCCUAAGGAAGUCAUGUUUCCUCCUGGUACGAGAGGACGAGCAAGGGGUCUUCCCUACACCAUGGAUGCGUUCAUGCUAGGGAUGGGAAUGCUGGGUUACCCAAAUUUUGUUGCAACGUAUGGCCGAGGAUAUCCCGGAUUUGCCCCAAGCUACAGCUAUCAGUUUCCAGGUUUUCCUGCAGCAACAACUUAUGGACCAGUAACGGCAGCAGCUGUGGCAGCAGCUAGAGGAUCAGGAAUCCCAGAUUAUGGUUUCUAUACCACGCCCGGUGACCAACGGGCUACGUUAUCGUUUGCGGACUACGGUUCCAUGGGGCCUCGAACAGCUCAGAUGCUUCGUAGUGAGCAUGCUGCUUCAGCAAGUAAUUCCCCCCUCCAUCACCUUCCCAGCCCGGAUCAGUUUAAGAGCCCAGGCACCAACCCGGGUCGUCCAGGAGGAUUCCCAGGGGCAAAUAGCCCAGGCCCAGUCGCUGACCUCUAUGGAACUGCCAGCCAGGACUCCGGUGUGGGUAACUACAUUAGUGCGGCAAGUCCACAACCAGGCUCUGGCUUUAGCCACGGAAUGGCUGGCCCUUUGAUUGCAACGGCUUUUACAAAUGGAUACCAUUGAAACGGUUCAGAUGGUUGGUUGCCAUCUCACUUUGAGACUUUGUCUGGAUGCCCAAGCAAGACUGGGAGAAGUUUUUGAAUGUUCCCUUGUUAGAAUAAUGUCAUCGGCUCUUAAAUACAUUGUCCUCACAAGUACAAGACAUAUAUGCAGACGUAAUAUCGGAGGUGGCAUUCUGCGAACUACAGUACAUCUCGUCAUCUCAUGAACCUGCUGUGUUAAAUAAUCUACAGCUUUUUCAUAUGGGAAAAGCAAGUGCAAAAGUCAUUUAUUGUUUUCAUUAUUGCUUGUGUUUUAUUUUUCUCCUUUGUAUUCAGGCAUUUGGGGUUAAGGAUCUACAGCUUGGGGUUUCCAUUUUAGUUGAUUUCAUAUGUUUUAAGUUAACCAUAGUAUGCAUCAUUAUUAAUGGCUUACUUUUUCUUUAACAUGGUUACUAAUGCUUGUUGCAAAUAGUUAAGAUUUUAUAGAUUUUAACAGAAUUUGCAAGCAUUGGUAUGUCGCACAAAAAAAGAAAAAAAAAAACAAUUUAAAAACUAGUGUCAUGUAGGGGUGUCUGGUACUAAAGUCAAGUUUUAAUUUCAAGAUGUAUAUAAUGUAAAAGAGCAGCUGACUAAAGUGAAUAGAAUUAUUGCAUUAUUUUUCUGUUUUUUUUGUGGUCUCUAUUUUUGGCAAUAACUUAAGGACAAUAAUUUUUUUGAGUCCUUGGUUUUCUAUAAGUGCUUUUUUCUUGUUGAGGGAGGUGAUAUUAUAAUGUUUUAUGAAAGUAAUUCUUAAAACAAGAUGCUGUAAAUAUUCUUCCAUUAACAACACGUACACUCUUGUGAAAGAGAUUUAAAAUACCUUUUUUAAGGGCAAAAUCCUGCAGCAUCUCUGGACAGACCACGGGAUGGAAAGUAGCAUUUUAAACCCUGACUGAGUUGCCACGGUGUGCCCUGUUAGCUAGAUUAACACUGUUAAGCUUGUCGUGUAGAUGUUUUAGACCUGAUAACUGUACUAGCGUCAUACCAGCAUAUUACCUAUUUAAACUAUGUGCACAGCUUAAAAAAGUUUAGUUUUUUCUUUUUUGAGGAAAAGGAAAAACAUUUCACCUGGAUUCUAAAUGAAGCUACAUUUUUGAUAUUUAAAAAAAUCGAAGCACACCAUUUGUGUUUCUUUGCUCAAUAUUUUGAAUUAGAAUACAUCACUGUCCAAUCAUUUCAGCUGCUCUAUAAAUCUUUAUUUCUCUUCUAGAGCUGCAUUUAUAAACGUUGUCUCCAAUAACGGACUCACGCCAUGUAAGGAAGGCGUCAUUCAAUCUGUUUCAUUUCAUGACCUCUGUUUUCUCUAUUAACAAAUUUAGGAAUGCAAACCGUUUGUUUUGAUACCUCAGUGCUCCAAGUAUCACAAUGGGGAAGAGGAAAGAUUAAUUUAUUGUAGAAAUAAAAACAAAGGUAUACAACAUCAUUGCACUGUGACUGGUAGGAAAAACUGACAACUUCCGAUUUGCACAAGUUUAUUUGGCUGUUUUAUGUUUCAUCCUCUUUUGGGAGGCAUAUGAAGGAUAUGUUAAUUUAAUGUUUUUUAAUAUCAGUUAAUAGACCUAUAACAGAGACAUAGAAGUACAACUUGGCAUGUUUGGCAUUAAAAACAUAUUGUUUGGAUAUUAUUUUUUAAUAUAUGCCAAGUUUUUUUUCUUUGUAACUGUUACAUGUAUAAAAUUGGUACUUUUUUUUUUGUACAGCAAGUACAAGACACUGAAUGCUACAUUUCUGAAACAAAAGCUGCUGCACUCCUAUUUUUAUAAAUGUUACUAACAGGUAGCGAUAACAUAGAAGUAAAAAGAAUCAAUACUGCAGAUGAGCAACAGGUGGAGAAAAAAAAUGCUCUCUUAAAAGGAACUUUUUUUUUUUUAUCUUAUUAUUUUCCACAAUUGUUAAUGAAACUCUGGAAGCACAUUUCCAAAUUGUUUCUCUAAUAAAAGCAAAAUGCUAGUAUUUUUUUUUAAUAUGGAAAUUUAAUCAUGUAUAAAUAUAAACCAAACCGUUCUAUUUAAAAAAAAAAAAAAAAACAAGAAAAAAAAAAGGAAAAAAAAGAAAAUAUUUUCCCUGUGGUUUAAUCUUUAAAGUCCGGGGAUUUUUUUUAAGAAAAAAAGAUAAAUAUUUUGUCAUUGUUGAUGAUGUACUGUACUUCCAUAUAUGUGUGUUUUUUAUAUAUAUAUAUAUAUAUAUAUAUAUAUAUAUAUAUAUAUAUAUAUAUAUAUAUAUAUACAUACAUAUAACAUUUUUUUCAUUCCCAGUCACCUCAUAGAAUAUUCUUUCUUUCUCCUCAAUAUAUCUUAGCAGUGUGUAUAGUGGCAAUUGUGUAAGCGUGCUGUCCUGAUGCUAAUGUACUGAAUUAAUUUCCUUCUCUUAUAGUAAUUCUUGGUAGGUGUAUUGUAAUUAACAUUAAAGAAAAAAUAGAUGUAGUACUUCAGAUUUAGGACCAGUAAGGAUAGAACUUUCUCUAAUUUAAGAAAUAAUUUUCAGAGCAGUUUUUUUUUUAAAUAAUUUUGUUGAUCUGAUGUGGUUUCAAGUAACCAAAGGUCUCAUAACGCUACAAUGCUGGCAAACUCUAAUAGGCAUUUUGUAGAUCUCCCUUCCCUCCCUUGAUUUUGAAAGGGGAAUGCCAUACUACCUUAAAUGCUAAUGCUAUAUAUGCAAAAACUGGAUUUUUUUAAUUUAUUUUUUAAAAAAGAGGGAGGCAUGGUAUAUAAAAUGAUUUUACUAAGAGAAAACAAAUAUUUUUUUAAGAAUGCUCGAAAGAAAUCAAUAAUCUGUGUCACUAUGUUCUAGAUGUUUAUAUAACUUUUAACCAGCCCCAUUUGCCCAUAUCAAAUACUGUGGAACCGUUUAUGUUUUUAAAUGUGGCUACCUAGACCAAGGUUUGCUCUAGUCCCCAUUCAUUUAGUACUUCCAUGGUUUUGUAACUGACCAUAACACAAAGCUUGAGAGGUUCCUUUAUUUUACUCAAGGUACAACGGGUCGUGUCUCUAUUCUUCUGUUGCCAAAAUUAUAUUGUUAAACAAAAUGCCAUUGCUGAUUGAUUUAAAUACAUCCCAACAGGAUUUCUAGGUCUGACUUUACUACAACAAAAUAAUGUGUUGUUUCUUUAUUCCUAUAUAAAGCAUCCUUUUAUUCCUGGAAAUACAGAAAUCAUUUACAGAAAAUUGUCCUACAGUUUUGAUAAUCUUUUAUUCAUAGUCAUCAGGAUUCAUCUUGAAAAGCUAGGGGAGGCAGAGACAAUUAUGGAUACUUAGAAUAGCAUUACACCAGAAAAACUGCAAGUAGGGUUAGUUUGCAAUUUUCUUUCUGCCUAUAGGUCAUUGCUGAAGCAAACUGAACAAGCAGCCAUAGUUUGCACGUUAAUAGGCAGCCUAUUAUUUGGAAUACACCAAGAGUUUACCUACAUACACAGCCUCAGCGCC